UCCAUCAGUGUUCAUCGCGUCAGUAGAUGAGACCCAUUUUAAUUUCAGCUGCUCAGACAAUCAGUCACUCAGGAUGACGCAUCAGUUCCCAACGCUCUCCGAGGCUCAGAAGAGGGAGCUGCAUGAGACCGCUUUACGCAUAGUUUCUCCAGGGAAGGGCAUCCUGGCUGCAGAUGAGUCUGUAGGCAGUAUGGCUAAGCGGCUGGCUCAAGUCGGAGUGGAGAACACGGAGGAGAACCGCAGGCAGUAUCGGCAGAUCCUCUUCAGUGCGGACGAUCGCAUCAACAGCUGCAUCGGAGGGGUCAUCUUCUUCCACGAGACCCUGUACCAACACUCUGAUAAUGGAGUUCCCUUUGUCAAAAUGAUCAGGGACAGGGGAAUCCUGGUUGGGGUCAAGGUUGACAAAGGUGUUGUUCCCCUGGCAGGAACUUGUGGAGAAACCACCACACAGGGUCUGGAUGGAUUGUCUGAGCGUUGUGCGCAGUAUAAAAAGGACGGCGCUGUCUUCGCAAAGUGGCGCUGUGUGCUCAAAAUUAGUGACGUCAAUCCAUCAAAGCUGGCUAUCACAGAAAAUGCGAAUGUUCUUGCACGUUACUCUAGUAUCUGCCAGCAGCAUGGCAUCGUGCCCGUCAUAGAGCCAGAGAUUUUGCCUGAUGGUGAUCAUGACCUGAAGCGCUGCCAGUAUGUCACUGAGAAGGUCCUGGCUGCAGUGUACAAGGCCAUGUCAGACCACCACGUGUACCUCGAAGGCACUCUGCUCAAACCCAACAUGGUCACUUCUGGACACAGCUGCUCCACCAAAUACAGCCCAGAGGAGGUUGCAAUGGCAACCCUCACUGCUCUGCGCCGCACAGUUCCCCCAGCUGUGACAGGCAUUGCUUUUCUGUCGGGAGGUCAGAGUGAAGAGGAGGCCUCUAUCCACCUUAAUGCCAUCAACAACUGCCCUCUGCCCAAACCCUGGGUCCUGACGUUCUCCUUCGGACGAGCCCUGCAGGCGUCUGCACUCAGAGCCUGGAGAGGACAUAAAGAGAACGAGAAAGCCGCCACUGAACAGUUCAUCAAGAGAGCAGAGGUGAACAGUCUGGCAUGUCAGGGAAAGUACACCGGUGGAGAUAACUAUGGAGAGGCUGGCCAGCGCAUUUACGGUUCCUGCCAUGCAUAUUGAAGAGUAUAAAAAGAACAUUUUAACUAGCAGUGUGUUCUUCCACACCAUAACAAGAUAUAUUACAGAGAAGAUGUACUGCAUAUUCUUAGGUUAUUUCAGAAUAUUGGCCUACAUAAUGAUAUUAAAUGAAAUAUCUUGCCUUGACAAAUGAGAACAAUCAGAACAUGGCCUUGGGUGUUUCUAACACAUGUGCUGAAUGAAAGGCUCAUGCUUUACUUGUGUUGUAGCAGUACUUUGACUAGAGCUUUAAAUCCUGCAGUUAAUAUUGCAAUGCCAGCCUAACAUGUGCUCCACAGUAAUGAUAUUAGUUCAACUCAAAACACAGUUAACUAAAUAGUUAAAGAAGCUGAAUCUAUAUGAUACAGCUCCCAAUCUAUUAUUUAGAAGUUGUUAUGUGAAGCUUCUGUGCUUGUGUGACAGAGAAAGUGGAUUUGUGUAGUUCAGUUUCUUUAUUUAGUUAGCAGUGAACAUGCACAAAUAGACAUAUUGUAAGAGAAUUAGCUUGAAGCUAAUUUGCAUCUACAGUCCCCAGGUAUGAAGUACAAUCAGCUCAAUAAGUAAUAUACAACACAUGCUGAUGUGUGUUAUCAUUCUUAGUAGCAUUAUAUGUCUAAUAAACAUAUUUCAAAUGUAAGUAUUUAGGCAAUAAAACUGUGUUCUAGUAAAGUC